CGCACACUCACUGUAAUAGCAAGGGCAUUACAGUCAAUUCCAAAACCAGUAUGGAAAGUCGAGUGCUGACUGCUAUAAUAAUAAUACGAAGAAAGAAAAAGAGAAGAAGCGAAAGAAGCAAUUGAAGUAGCAGUAGUUGGCGGCGCAACCGCACACGGCGGAGACGAUGGCCAUAACGGACUUCUUCUCCGGCGAGAUCGCCUCCGACCUAUGGAAAAUGCUCAUAACAAUUUCCCGAAAGACUCUUCAAUGCAAAUCCAGCGCAGAACAACUCAUAACCUUCGUCCGUGAACUCCUUCCCACUAUCGAAGAGAUCAAAUACUCCGGCGUCGAGCUUCCUCCGCCGCGGCAGUCGCAGCUCGACCGUCUGUCAGAGAUCCUCCGCUCCGGCGUCGAGCUCUCCCACAAGGCUCUCUCCUCAAGCCGUUGGAACGUCUACAGAAACUUCCAAUUAGCGAAGAAAAUGGAGAAGCUAGAAAAACACGUGUCACGGUUCUUGCACGUGCCCAUGCAGGCUCAUAUACUAGCCGACGUUCACCACACCCGGUUCGAGAUGGCGGAGCGGUUCGACCGGGUCGACGCGUCGAACCGGAGGAUGGAACAGUUCUUUGAGGAGAUGAAGAUUGGAGUGAACGGUGGUGGGUGGGUGGAGGAGGCUGUGAGGAGCAUGCAAGAGGAUGAAACUUGGGUUGAAGAGUUUUCUGGGAAUUUUGGUGUGGGUUUGGAGUUCGGGAAGAAUAAGGUUAAGGAGAUGGUUUUUACAAGACAUGAUCUUUGGGUUGUUGGGAUUUGGGGGAUUGGUGGGUCCGGGAAAACCACUCUUGCGAGAGAGGUUUGCAGAGACGACCAAGUACGAUGUUAUUUCAAGGAGAGGAUUCUGUUUCUGACUGUGUCGCAAUCACCAAAUGUGGAGCAGCUGAGAGCUAAGAUUUGGGGAUACGUCAUGGGAAACCAAGGAUUGAAUGCUAAUUAUGCGGUUCCACAAUGGGUGCCACAAUUUGAAUGCAAAGGUGAAGCUCAAGUUUUGAUUGUUUUGGAUGAUGUCUGGUCGCUCUCCGUUUUAGAGAAGCUUGUGUGGAAAAUACCCGGUUGCAAGUUUCUUGUGGUGUCUAGAUUCAAGUUCCCAACAAUUUUUAAUGCUGUUCAUGAAGUGGAAUUGUUGGGUGAAGAGGAUGCUUUGUGUUUGUUCUGUCACCAUGCUUUUGGGCAGAAAUCAAUUCCUUUAGGUGCUAAUAUGAAUUUGGUGAAGCAGGUUGUGGCUGAGUGUGGAAGGCUUCCACUGGCUCUUAAGGUGAUUGGAGCUUCUUUGCGAGACCAGAAUGACAUGUUUUGGAUGAGCGUUAAAAACAGGUUGUCUCAAGGCCAAAGCAUUGGUGAAUCCUACCAAAUGAAUCUCAUUGAUAGAAUGGCAAUCAGUACUAAUUACCUGCCAGAAAAGAUCAAAGAGUGUUUCUUGGACCUGUGUUCAUUUCCGGAGGAUAAAAGGAUUCCUCUCGAAGUUCUAAUCAAUAUGUGGGUUGAAAUCCACGAUAUUCAUGAGACUGAAGCAUUUGCCAUUGUGGUUGAGCUUUCAAACAAGAACCUUCUCACCUUAGUGAAAGAGGCACGUGCUGGGGGUAUGUAUAGCAGUUGCUUUGAAAUUAAUGUUACUCAGCAUGAUAUACUGAGGGACCUUGCUCUUAAUUUGAGCAAUCGUGGGAGCAUUCAUGAACGGCGAAGGUUAGUUAUGGCAAAACGAGAAGACAACGGACUACUCCCUAAAGAGUGGUCUAGAUACAGGAACCAACCCAUUGAAGCUCAGAUUGUUUCAAUUAACACAGGUGAAAUGACAGAAAUGGAUUGGUUUGAAUUGGAUUUUCCUAAGACUGAAGUGCUGAUUAUCAAUUUCACAUCCAGUGAAUACUUUUUACCUCCCUUCAUUAAUAGAAUGCCAAAUUUGAGGGCAUUGAUAAUAAUAAACUACAGCACCUCAUAUGCUUGCCUUCACAAUGUUUCAGUUUUUAGGAAUUUGACUAACUUGAGGAGUCUUUGGCUUGAAAAGGUUUCCACCCCUCAGUUAUCAGGCAUUGUCUUGAGAAACUUGGGCAAACUAUUUAUAGUCCUCUGCAAGGUUAACAAUAGUUUGGAGGGAAAAGAGUUCCCUCACCUCUCUGAGCUCACUCUUGAUCACUGUGAUGAUCUAACUCGCUUGCCCUCAAGCAUAUGUGGAAUGAAAUCACUCCAAAAUUUGAGUCUUACCAACUGCCACAAUUUGACUCAAUUGCCUGUUGAAUUGGGCAAACUAAGAUCUCUAGAGAUACUUCGCUUAUAUGCUUGCCCAGAUCUCAAAACACUCCCUCCUAGCAUAUGUGACAUGACCAGGUUGAAGUAUAUUGACAUUUCACAAUGUGUUAACUUGACAUGCUUCCCUGAAGAGAUUGGUAGAUUAGUUAGCUUGGAAAAGAUUGACAUGAGGGAAUGCCCCAUGAUUAGGAAUCUGCCCAAGUCUUCAGUGUCAUUGCAGUCUCUGCAGCUUGUAAUUUGUGAUGAGGAGGUAUACGGGAUGUGGAGUGAUGUUGAGAUGGCCAAGCCAAAUUUGCAUAUUCAGGUAUCAGAGCAGUACUUUGAUCUAGAUUGGCUUAGAGAGUGACAAAUGUUUCUUGUGAUGUUUCACUUCCCAAUUCUUUGUAUAUACUUUUGUUCAUAGCCUCUAUUUGAAAUGGAAAUUAUCCUAUUCAAGUAUCAUGGCAUAAUCUUUUCCCUAGGCUGAAGUACAUAACCUUUGUUUUUCUUUUGUGGUCAACAUUCCAAAUGCCUUUAAGUUCCUAGAAUUAAAUGCAAGUAGCCAGUUAUAAAUUCAAUCUAGUUCUAUUAUUAAUUGAGUCGACAAAUAAGAAUUCCAAUUUCCUAUUCCAUCAGUGCUGAAAGAUUUCUGCGGUUAAACAUACUUCCUUUCAAGUAUCACAUUCCCAAUGUUGAUUUCUUUAGAAAAAUAUGUUAACCAAACUAAUAACAAAAAUAAUGAUAAAAGGAGUGAGGCGGCUAGAAAGCAAAAUUGGACACAGGUUUCCAAAAGAGAAUGCUUUUUCCAUGCUGGGUCCGAAAUUUAGGACCAAAAAUUUGGAAUUUUGGUGCCACUAUCAUAGUUGAACUUGAUGUACAUGUACAAUGAACAUGGCAGUUCCAAUCACAUGCCUCCACCAAAAGGACAGGUUCUAGAUUAAUAAGAAAACGCGUUAAGAGAAGCAUUAAAACAAAAAUCUAAAGCAACACCUCGGUUUUGAGGUCACCAGAUUGGCACAGGUCACUGUCAUGUGUCUACCUUGAAGCUUCCUUAGUCGAUUUCUUAUUUAUCUUCUUUCAUUAUGGUCCCUUUGGUCAAUGUUCUAUUUUUUAUUAUUAUCCUCCUUCUUUAUUAAUCUGUAUAUCGUGCAAGUCAAGCCUCCCCGGUCAACAUCAUGAUCAGCAUCACUACCAUGAAUGAUUUUGGGUUUUGCUGACUAAAUAUCUUCAAGAUACAUGUUAGAGAAUUAAUAAAAAAUAUUUUUUUAUUAAAAAAUGUUAGGGUAUAUUAAAAAUUACAGAAAGAAUACAUUGUUUUAUUUUUAAUAAAAAAUACUUUUAAUUCUUAAAAAUAUUAAAAUAUAUAGGUGUAAGAAAUAUUAUAAAAAUAUAUCAUAAGAAAAAAAAUUGAAUAUAAUAUUCAUAUAUUUCAUCUUUUAAAAUUAAUCCAUAUUAAUUCAAUUAUUAAAUAUU